AUGCGGGUAAUGUCCGGCCCCGCACUGGCGGUUGCUGUCUCCCGCGCUGGCGGGCUGGGAUUCAUCGGGCCGGGCGUGAAGACUCAAGAUAUCUGUGCUGAUCUCGAGGAAACAUCGACCUUGAUAAAAACGCUCUCUACUUCCCAAACUCAACCUUCUGCACUGCAAAGUCAACCCAUUCUCCCGGUAGGCGUCGGCUUCCAACUCUGGAGCGACGACGUUGAAGUCGCCGUCUCCGCUAUAAGCAAAUACAAGCCCUGCGCAGCCUGGCUCUUCGCUCCGCGGAACGGACAGAAAGACCUGGAUACCUGGUCCCGCCGGAUCCGCGAUGCGUCUCCAUUCACUCGCAUAUGGAUCCAGAUCGGCACGCUGGCUGAAGCAAGGGAGCUGGUACAGGGCACCGAAGAACCAGAUGUGAUUGUAGUGCAAGGAGCAGAGGCAGGCGGGCACGGCAGGGCAAACGACGGUCUCGGAAUCAUGGCAUUGCUUCCGGAGAUGAUGGACUGUCUUCCACCGCACAUCCCUGUGUUCGCAGCUGGGGGAAUAGCUGACGGGCGUGGCGCAGCAGCGGCACUCUGCCUUGGGGCUACCGGAGUCGUGAUGGGGACGCGGUUCCUUGCUGCUACAGAGACACGAAUUAGUCCUGGUUACCAGCGGGAAGUCGUGCGUGCAAGCGAUGGGGCCGUCUCGACAACACGGACGUUGCUGCAUAACCAGCUUCGGGGCACGGUGGGCUGGCCAGAGCAGUACAGUCCUCGCACGAUCCUCAAUCAGUCAUUCAUCGAGCAUCAGGCGGGUCGGCCAUUCGAUGAGCUGAAGCAGCUUCAUGAUCAAGCUCUCAAGGCGGGAGAUGCUGGGUGGGGACCGGAGGGAAGGCUGGCGACGUAUGCUGGUGCUGCGAUUGGGCUGAUCCAUGAUGUAAAAGAUGCUGAGAGGAUUGUCCAGAAUGUCCAAACGGAAGUCCUACGGAGGCUUUCAAUUGUGCAGAAGGCCAAUUCGGCCCAGUGA